GGUAUCUAUGAUGAACGCAGUGGCGGGAGAAGUAACGACAGGCUGUGUUCCACGUAUUAAGAAGGAAAUGGACGGGUUUCCUGAUUGUUCGCCUUCCAACAGUGAUAUGUAUUCGCCCACAACGACAGUCAUAAAUGAAACUAGUAUUAGGCCGGCCGACAGUAAGGCUGAUUUCCAUGAAAACCAAUACGAACGAAACAUAAGAUCUCCAAGUAGUCCGGAAAGGCAAUAUUGUUCUUCAACUACACAACCCCACAUAGACUCAGGAAUGGGACAUAUAGAAGGUGAAAUAAAAGAAGAAGAUUCACCUCGAAGGUUAUGUCUUGUAUGUGGUGACGUUGCCUCAGGUUUCCACUAUGGUGUUGCUUCUUGUGAAGCCUGUAAAGCAUUUUUCAAAAGGACAAUACAAGGCAAUAUUGAAUACACGUGUCCAGCUUCUGGAGAAUGUGAGAUAAACAAAAGAAGGAGGAAAGCUUGCCAAGCGUGCAGAUUCAGGAAAUGCCUGAGAUCAGGCAUGUUGAAGGAAGGCGUUCGGCUGGACAGGGUGAGAGGCGGUCGGCAGAAAUAUAGAAGAAACCCUGACAGUCCUUAUCAGGUACAAGUCUUUUCUGCACAGAGACCGAUGCUUCUUCUAGAAGACAUAAAAAUGCUGGAAGCGCUAGUCAGCUGCGAGCCUGACUGCCUCGAAAUCAACAAGGCCUUGGAAACAUCGAAGCACCGUACGCUCUCUAUCCUCAGCGACCUCUACGACCGAGAACUAGUCGGCAUCAUCGGGUGGGCCAAGCAGAUACCCGGCUUCACCGAUCUCUCGCUCAACGACCAGAUGCGCCUGUUGCAGAGCACCUGGGCGGAGAUCCUGACGCUGACGUUGGCGUUCAGGAGUCUGCCGUUGACGGGGCUCGGCCGCCUGCAGUUCGCCGGCGAUUUCGUGCUGGACGAGAAGCAGGCGCGGGAGAGCGGGACGCUGGAACUUUACCAAACGUGUUGCCAUGUUGUAGAGAGGUUAGAUAAUCUUUCGAUAUUGAAAGAAGAAUAUUACCUCUUGAAAGCACUAGUCCUUACAAAUUCUGAUGUUAAGUUAGACGAGUACCAGGCACUAAAAACAUUCAGGGAUACUAUUUUGAGCUCUUUAUCAGAUGCUAUUGGUAUCUUGAGGCCCAAUGGUGUUUUGAAUCACAUCCAGCAGUUGUUGCUCUGCUUGCCCGCCUUGAGGCAAGCCAAUUAUGUCGUUCGGAGGUUUUGGUCUGGCAUCCACCAGCAAGAUUUAGUACCUAUGAAUAAAUUAUUUUUGGAAAUGUUGGAGGCAUAUUGUCGGUAG